AUGACUCCGCGGUCGACUGCUAGUAAUAUUCCGUCCCCCAGCGUUGGUCAACCGACACCCCCAGCUGCACCGUCUACCAUCUCUGCCACAGCAACCGCCGCCACGAACGACUCUGACACCGACACUCACCCCGAAGAACGACCAACUCAUACCUCUGAGAUCGGAACUCUGAAAAAGCUUCCCAAUCAGGGCACUGCCUGGUUAGGGAGCUCUUCCGGCGUCUACUUCGUCAACACUGUUCGACGCGCCUUUUCCGCCGCUUUCGCUUCGAAUCUAGGUGGUCCCAAUGCUGUACCAGCCAGCGAGGAUAUCCUGACGGGAGAAGACGCGGACGGUCGUUCAUACAACGGCCCACUUCAUGAUGGACCCAGCACCACCGAUCUGUUCCCGCAAAACCUCGCAGCCGCGCUGGGGAAACCGCCAGAUCGAAAGAUUGCGAUAGAACUCGUCACGUCUUUCUUCACAACAUGGCACCCACUGUUUCCCUUUCUCCAUGGCCCCAGUUUUAUCAAGGACAUGGAGUCAAUAUACUCGGUUCAACGCCAGCGGCGGCCUUCAAAGACGACCAAAGACAAUCCUGCACCCGUAGAUGUCCGCAAGCUUGUGACCUUCCAAUUGAUCAUCAACAUCGCGGCGCUGGACCGGAGCGAUCUUUCCCUACCUGUUGAAUCGCGCAUCAAAUCCGCUGCCGAUGUCUGUCGAGUGGCCGGAUGUCUGGCUCUCAAUCACGACCUAUCCACAAUUCAAGCUAUUCUUGCUGCCGAACUCUACCUCACUGCCACACUUGCUAUUCGACAAGCUAGUACCCUUGCAGGAAUCAUCAUCAAGUUGAUCUAUCAUGCUGGUCUGCACCGCUGCCCUUUGCGAUACGCGCAGCUUUCGCUCGAAGAUUGCGAGAUUCGCAAACGAAUAUUCUGGUCAGCGUACGCUCUCGACCGGCACUGCAAUCUCAGUCUUGGUGACCCCAAUGUUAUUCAGGACGACGAUAUCGAUGUGUGCUUGUCUGGGCCCGAACUACACAAAGCAGGGGUUCAUAUAGCACCUCCUGGCGCGGAUACGGAUGUGGGGAUGCAUAUGCCACCUCCACGGUCAUUGAACGAUGACCCUCGCGUGGCGCAGUCCAACAACGACGGGCCGGAAGCUCGAGAAAAACGACUCCGAGAAGCUGCUUUGACAGCGUAUGUGCAAUGGGGAAAACUCACAGGCCAAAUAAUUGAAGUGUUCCACAAAAGCAUAAACCACAGGUUCCCCAAGCAUGAACAGAUUCUUCGCCUGACCAGCGACAUCGAGACAUGGUGGAAUGACCUCCCCGGUAACCUAAGUGGUGAAUACGAGGCAGGGCCUCAAAGCGAUACACACGAGAACAGCGAAAACAACGCUCCAUCGAGCACCAACGGCCAUAAUUCAAGACCAUCCGUCGAUCACCCUUCACCUGGCCCUCUACAGCAACACCUUGCCAGUUUCUUCAAGAUCCUUUACCACCGGCUACUUCUACUAGUCAAUCGCCCGCGCCUCUCGUUAGACCAAUCGACACCCGAGUUCCAGCAUGGCCUACAGGUCUGCAUUCGCGCCUCCAGGGGCAUCAUCGCCGGCCUCAAGGCGCACAGAAAGCAUGGCCAAUCCAUGUUUCUCCCCGGUCUGUUAUCAGCUGCGUGGAUGUCUGGUCUCAUCAUUGCGUUUGCAUGUCAAUUGGGCAAAUAUGCGAAGGCGCGGGCUCUCAGCGACAUGCAAGCUUGUCUUACCUUGCUUGAAAGCAUGAACAUAAGGUGGUAUACGGUACAGAACUGCCACAAAGUAUUGGGCCUAUUAAUUUCUAGCGUUCAAUCACGCAAAGCAUCGAUAAAUGGCUUUCUAACCAUGCCGAAACCUGAGAAUAUGCAAUCACCACAAGGCUUGCCGAGCGACCUUGACCAGCCCUCCCGCAAGCGACAACGUACGGCAAGCAACAACGAAGAAGGUGCGCUAGGAAAUAGCCCAAGAAAAUCAUCCAUUGCCGAUUCGACGGCAAGCUCGCCUAUCCAAGGCCACAACUCCGUAGCUGGGAAUCCGAACUCGCACGCUCGAGGCCCGAAACACAAAUCUUCUACUCCCACCAGCACCAAUACCUGGACGCCUCAAACCACGAAUUUUGACCCCUCCAACCCUUCAGCCCUCACCAAUCCCCACGGCACACUCGGUGCCUUCGAUUUCUCGAACUGGGACCGUGGUCAGCCCACCACACAACCACCGUUUCACCCGGGCAUCGGCUCGGCCGUAUAUGCAACACCUCAAGACCUCGCGUUUGCACAGUCAACCAUGAAUGUGAACCUACCAGGCAUGCCCAGCCCGUCUGGCCCACCUGGAUUAGGGAAUGGUGGCGGGACUGGCGGUGCCGGUGGGAUGAACGAGUACAGCGAUCCGAUGUUCUGGGGCAAUAUGGACUACAAUGUGGCGGAUAUCUUUGGGAGCGCGACAUGGGAGAACAUGACGGGACCAUUUGCACCCGGCGGCGGGGUCAAUGGUGGGUGGGAGAUGUAA